CUCAUUUUCCACCACUUGGGGGCAGUGAUGGACUUCCGCCAGUGCAGUGGCGCACAAGUGAGGGAAUACCAAAAAAGAAGAAAAAAAGUCGCGCUUGAAGUUUUAUCGACAAGAAGCAAUGGAUGUCCAGCUUCCUCCACACGAGGGCGCCAAGCUCUCCGUGGUCGACAUGCACACCGGCGGCGAGCCGUUACGCGUCAUCGUCAGGGGCUACCCUGAGGUCCAAGGGGACACAGUUCUCUCCAAGCGGCGUUACCUGCGGGAGCACCUGGACCACCUGAGGAGGGCGCUGAUGUACGAGCCCCGGGGCCACUACGACAUGUACGGCGCGCUGGUGGUGCGCAGCGAGCUGGCCGAGGCGCACCUGGGCGUGCUGUUCAUGCACAACGAGGGCUACAGCACCAUGUGCGGGCACGCCGUCAUCGCACUGGGACGCUUCGCCGUGGACUAUGGGCUGGUGAAGGAGCCGCGCUCGCCCGAGACGGCGGUGAACAUUCACUGCCCGUGCGGCCUGGUGAAGGCUUUUGUCGAGUACUCCGAGGGGAAAACUGGAGCUGUGAGGUUCCUCAGUGUGCCGGCCUUUGCUUUCGCUACAGAUCUAACGGUAACGGUAAAAGGCUUCGGUGACGUGAUGGUGGACAUCGGUUACGGAGGAGCCUAUUACGCCUUUGUAGACGCAAGGAGGUUCGGUCUGGACGUGUCCAAGUCCAGGACUCGAGACCUGGUGGAUGCUGCCACAGCAGUGACCACAGCGGUCAAAGCGCAGGUGAAGCUCCACCAUCCGGUCAGCGUCGAUCUGGCCUUCCUCUACGGCACCAUCCUCACCGAUGGAAAAGACGAGUAUUCUCAGGAUGCUACUUGCAAUGUCUGUGUGUUCGCAGACGCUCAGGUGGACCGAAGCCCGACCGGUUCUGGCGUGACGGCGCGAGUGGCCCUCCAGUACCACAAAGGUCUGAUCCAGUUGAACCAAUCCAGGACGUUCAAGAGCGGAGCGACAGGAUCUCAGUUCAGAGGGAAAGCAGUAGAGGAGACCAUGUGUGGGGACUUCAAGGCCGUGGUGGUGGAGGUCGCCGGCAGAGCCUUUUACACUGGAGUUUCCAAUUUCGUGCAGGAGCCAGAUGAUGUAUUGACACAUGGAUUCCUGCUGAAAUGAGCGUCCUUUCACCUAUGGUCACGAGAUAGAGCUGUGACUUCUCCAAGGCUUACUGUAACAGUGCUCUACAUUCACUAAAUGUCAUCAUGACAAUAAA